CGAGGAUAACAGAUAUUUUGGAUGCGGAGAUGAAAAUAUCUAGCGCAGCGUCUUAUCUCCCAAGCUAAUGUAGACUGAGGGUGACGUGGCGAGGGCCUGGCCCCACGACACGUGUAAAAGCGCAGCAACUGAACAAAAAAUUAACAUGAAGAACAAUUUCAGAUUAAUUAGAACAGAAAAAACUCGAAUGAGUUCACCCACACAGGGCAUUAGGGAGACAGAAUCCACAAUGGCUCCAGAGUGGACAGACGAGAAACACAGCAUGUAUAUCAAGUCUAUAGAAGCAUCUUUCGUUAAUCAGUUAUAUGAUUCUAAGCAAAUGAAAACUUCAUAUGACCCUGCUACCACUUCCGGCCAGUUCAAGGUACUACGUGGUGGCUGUUGGCAAAAAAUCAAUUUUGAGAGAGUGAAUCCGCAAACGAGUAGGAUUAACCAGUGUCAUGACUUGACGGAAAAUCCAUGGAUUCAGCACUACCGAUCUUCAAGCAAACAGAGAAGCAUAGCAGUUUCAUCCCUUCAAGAAAGUGUUACUACCACAAGUAAAGUUGUUGAUUUAGGCCAAAGGAAAGGAGUUCCCUCUGGAUCAGGACAUCUUCAUUUGUGUGAAUCUCGAGUCUGCCAUAAAGAUAUGCUUUAUAGUGAUACAGAGAUGUCAGACCAGAACUUUGUUGAUGAAGAAGUGAAAGGCAAAAAGCAAAAUAAAAAGAGCAAGGUGAAACGACAGAGAUCUUUGAUAAGUGAUGCUCAAGACAAUGAUCAGAUGGUCCCCAACAGAAAAUCAUCUUCUGGUGGAGAUUUUACCAAGAAUUUUGUUUCUGCUGCUUAGAAUAGAGUGAAACACUGUUUUGUUUUUUUGCAAGAUUUGGAGUUGGUCACGUUAGUCUCUCAAAUAUGAAAAUUUUCUAUUUUGGUCACUAAAGAUUAAAAAUGUCGAUCAAUCCUAAAUUGAUAUUGAUUGAUUUUUAUUUUUUUUCCAUUUUCAAUCAGGGAUAAAUGUUAACAAUGUACUUUUUAACUAACACUUUUGCUUACACCUUUUAUUAUUGUUUAAAAUUUAUUGAAAAUUAUAAAAUUUUGUGGGUCUCAAUUUGAAUUUAACGAGUCUCACUCUUGAUUUUAUAGUUUUUAACCAGUUUUAAUCAAUAGAAAAAAAAGUAGUAGAAAGUAUCUUACUAGCAUUUUUCUUCCAAGAAAGAAAACUGAUUUUGAUCUUUGAAGACUAAUGUGACUGGUCUCAAAAUUUCCAGGGAACAAAAUAGUAUUAACUCAAUUAGAAUACGAGGGGUUGUCAGAAGUGUGAUUCUCUGUAACUUUUAUGGAUGACACGUUCUUAGCUAGCCACUGAAUCACAAGUGAAACUGGCGGAAAAUGCACGUGCUAAUAUUGUACCCGGAAUUUUAAGAUAAAAUGUUUUUAAUGUAUACCCAUGCUUGGGGGUUUUGUAGAGUUGUUGGCGUAUGACAUGAAAAUUUCUGGGUGCAAUUGAUUUUAACUCAUCUUAAUGAUGAUGAUGUGUGUACAUAUAUGAAAGCUUUUGUGAAUUUUAUGAAUAUUGAAACUAAUGAGUCAUUUUCCAUUCUUUUA